AUGCAGGAAACCACGACCGGAAUUACCUUCACUAUACGGGACACCCUGAAAACAACUCAACCUGGCAAAAACCUUGCCCCCAUUGAAAUUUGUUCAUUUGCCCCAGACUCCCGUCUUUGCCCGGUAACCUACAUCAAACAUUACAGCACAAAAACGCAUUCGCUGCCUAGCAACCCACGCCUCCUGAUCAGUUACACGAAACCGCACAAGCCUGUCACCAACUCUACUGUGGCUAGAUGGAUUAGAUCUACACUCCAGGAUGCUGGUAUAGACAUUAGCAUAUUCUUGGCACAUAGUAGUCGCACAGCCUCCACCUCUUACAGCGCCAAUGCACAACUUCCUCUAGCGGAUAUACUCAAGGCUGGGGGCUGGUCAAACACUAAAACAUUCCCUGAACACUAUAACAAGCCUAUUAGUGGCAACCUGUGUCAAACUCUUCUGACUCAUUUUGACUCAGCUGCACAGGCUAAAUAG